AUGCAGCCCCAGCAAAUGUACGACUUUUCCAGUGAAGAGAACAGUCACAAGUGGAGAGGCCUCUUCGUUCAAGCUCUGAAAAAGGUACAGGAGCAGGUCCACCCAAACCUGAAAGCAAAGGAGGAUGCCCUGCAGCACAUUGAAGAGCUGAUCCUGCAGCUGCUCAACAUGCUGUGUGUGGCCCAGCCUCGCACUGUGCAGGAUGUAGAGGAACGCGUGCAGAAAACCUUUCCCCACCCGAUAGAUAAGUGGGCGAUUAACGAUGCCCAGGGAGCUAUUGAGAAACGUAAGAGAAGAAGCCCCUUGCUUCUCCCUGUGGACAAAAUACACCCAUUGCUUAAGGAGGUUUUGGGCUACAAGGUGGACUACCAUGUGUCCCUGUACAUCGUGGCAGUACUUGAAUACAUAUCAGCUGAUAUACUCAAGCUGGCGGGCAACUAUGUGGGCAACAUUCGGCACUAUGAAAUCACCCAGCAGGACAUCAAAGUCUCCAUGUGUGCAGACAAAGUGUUAAUGGACAUGUUUGACCAGGAGGAGGACAUUGGCUUGAUGUCGCAGUUCACGGAGGAGCCUUUGUCUCUCUCUGAGCUUUCGUAUGACGAACUGGUGAAGCUUGAAAUCGCAGAGGAGCGUCAGUAUCUACGAGAGCUUGACCUUAUUAUCAAAGUGUUCCGGAACCAUUUCCUGUCCCACCCCAAAGUCUUCACAGACGAGGAUGUUGAGGUGAUCUUCAGCAACAUCUUGGACAUCCAUGAGCUGACCGUGAAGCUCCUGGGACUUAUUGAGGACGCAGUGGAGAUGACUGCUGAUGGCAGUCCUCAUCCCCUGGUGGGCAGCUGCUUUGAAGACCUGGCCGAGGAGCAGGCAUUCGACCCAUACGAGACCCUGUCACAGGACAUCCUUGGCAAGAAAUUUAACGAGCACUUCCAUGAAAUGAUGCAGAGACAAACCGUUCGCCAACACUUCGGGUCUAAUCAGGGGGGCUUUAAGGAGUGCGUUCAGUAUGUCCUUCCCCAGCUGAUGAAGGUUCCAGUGUACCACUGUCUGCACUACUUUGAGCUACUACAGCAACUUCAGGAGCGUAGCGAAGAUCAAGAUGACAGGGAAUGUCUGAAACAGGCGAUAACAGCGUUGUUAAACCUGCAGUCCAGCGUGGAGCGGAUAUAUGUGAAGCACCAGCCUCGCCGUAAACCUGUUGAGGCGAUUUAUCGCCGGUACAGCCGGCAGGUCCGCGGGAAGCAGCUCGCCAUCAAGCGAAUGAUCGAGAUCCAGAAAAGCAUCGAUGGCUGGGAGGGGAAAGACAUCGGUCAGUGCUGCAACGAGUUCAUUACUGAAGGGACGCUUGUACGAGCAGGUGCAAAGCACGAGAGACACAACUUCCUGUUCGACGGCCUCAUGAUUAGCUGCAAGGCCAAUCAGAGCUCACGGCUCCCUGGUUCCGGUAGCGGAGCCGAAUACCGCCUCAAAGAAAAGUUUGUGCUGAGGAAGAUCCGCAUUGUUGACCGUGAGGACUCCCCAGAGCUGCAGCAUGCCUUCGAAUUAAUCUUCAAAGAUGAAAACUCUGCGGUUUUCUGCGCAAGGACAGCAGAGGAGAAAGCGAACUGGAUGGCAGCGCUGAUGGCUCUUCAGUACCGCUCCACUUUGGAUCGCAUGUUGGACUCUAUACUGCAGACCGAGGAGCAGCAGCGUCCUCUCAGACUCCCUUCCCCUGAGGUUUACCAGUUUGCUGUGCAGGAUUCUGAGGAGAAUAUAGUGUUUGAGGACAGAGUGCAGAGUAAGACCGGUAUCCCCAUCAUUAAGGCUGGCACGGUGGUCAAACUCAUAGAAAGGCUCACCUACCAUAUGUAUGCUGAUCCCAACUUUGUGCGCACGUUUCUCACCACCUAUCGCUCCUUCUGCAAACCACAGGAGCUCCUCUCCCUUCUGAUAGACAGGAUUAAUAUCCCUGAGUCAGGAAAUGGCGACGAUGAGGUGGCUAUCUGGAACGGCGACCCGCCAACAACCGCCGAACUUCAGAGGUUCAGACGGGAAUAUGUGCAACCGGUCCAACUCAGGGUUCUCAACGUUUUUCGCCAGUGGGUUGAACAUCAUUUCUACGACUUUGAAAACAAUCCGGACCUGAGAGUUCAGCUGGAGGAAUACAUCACCCAAAAGCUUCAACUCCGAGGGAAGUCCAUGAGAAAGUGGGUGGAGUCUAUCACUAAGGUCAUCAGGAGGAAGCUCCAAAUCCAGUCAAACGGCAUCAGUCACAACAUCACCUUCGAGAGCUCGCCUCCUCCCUUUGAGUGGCAUAUCUGCAAAGCCGGCCAGAGUGAGAAUUUUGAACUCAUGACCCUUCACCCCAUUGAGAUCGCCCGCCAACUCACUCUGAUAGAGUCUGAGCUCUACAGAGCCGUCCGACCGUCAGAACUGGUGGGAAGCGUCUGGACCAAAGAGGACAAGGAGAAGAACUCUCCAAACUUGCUUCGUAUGAUCCGCCACACCACCAACCUAACACUGUGGUUUGAAAAGUGUAUCGUAGAAGUGAUGAACCAUGAGGAAAGGGUUGCCGUGUUAUCCAGGGUCAUUGAGAUUCUGCAGGUUUUCCAGGAGCUUAACAACUUUAACGGGGUGCUGGAGGUGGUCAGUGCCAUCAACUCCGUCCCGGUCUACAGGUUAGACCACACCUUUGAGGCAAUUCCAGAAAGGAAAAAGAAAAUCCUGGAGGAAGCGAUGGAACUCAGUCAGGAUCAUUUUAAGAAAUACUUGGCUAGACUCAAGUCCAUAAACCCUCCCUGUGUGCCUUUCUUUGGCAUCUAUUUAACGAACAUACUGAAGACUGAGGAAGGCAACCCUGACUUCCUUAGACGUCACGGUAAGGACCUGAUUAACUUCAGCAAGCGACGGAAAGUGGCCGAAAUAACCGGAGAGAUCCAGCAGUACCAGAACCAGCCCUACUGUCUGAAGGUGGAGCCAGAUAUCAGGAGGUACUUUGAGAACCUGAAUCCAAUGGAAAACAUGAGUGAGAAGGAGUUUUCAGAUUACCUGUUCAAGAAGUCUCUGGAAAUUGAGCCGCGGAACGCCAGGCAGCCCGCCCGAUUUCCUAGGAAGACCACCUACUCUCUGAAAUCCCCGGGGCUCCGGCCCGUGCGAACGUCUACCUCCGGCACCCUGAAGGGCCACCCCGUCGCCCUGGAGAGGGAUCUACAGCAUAAGAUCACCUUCCGCAGCAUCGCUGAGAAUGAGCAGGACCCGCCGUCGUCCGCCUCGGUGCCCACCUCUCCCAACACCCCCACCCCUCCACAGUCGGCCUCCUCCGACCUCAGCUCGGUCUUCAUGGAGCACGACCUCAGCAACUCCUACAGCGGCUCCAUGUUUUCCUGCUCUCUGCCAUCUCAUAAGUUCCAGUCCGUCUCCUGCGGCAGCCUCCACCAGCUAGUAGACGAGCUAAAGCCGCCUCCUUUGCCUCCUCGAAGGAAAGACACCGUGUCUGAAGCAAAACUGAGCUCCAUGUGUGACAGCCCCCCAGCCAUCCCUCCCAGGCUUCCUCCUCUGCCCAGAAACCAGCAUCGACCGCUGCUUUACAACGGCCCCCCGUUUGACGGACCCCUUCCCAGCCCACCCCCUCCCCCGCCACGGGACCCUCUCCCCGACACGCCUCCGCCGGUGCCGCAGCGACCUCCGGAAAUCUUCAUCAACUACCCGCUCAACAUGCAGCCGUCGCCUGGCGGCCGAUACCACUGGGACCUCAACAGCUCCCCCAGCUCGCCCAACACCCCCCCCAGCACGCCGUCCCCUCGCAUCCCCAGAAGGGGCUGCCCGCUCAGCGCCAGCCAGAACAGCCUGUGUCCUGUCCCCACCGCGGCGCCGCCUGUCCCCCCGCGUCACAACCCCAUCCCGCAGCUUCCCAAACUCCCACCAAAGACGUAUAAAAGGGAGGGGCUUCAGCCGCCACUGCAGGGCCUCUCAUUGGUGGAGAACGCCGACAGCAGCCAGUGAGUCUGCUUGGUCUCUAUAGCCACCAAACUCCGAGCUACUGAUCUAAAAGAACAAGACUGCUCCACGUAACCCCCCCCCCCUGCAUCCAUCACACCUGUCAGGCCUCUCAGGGGAUCAGUAGCUCCGCCUCCACCAACAAGCCCUCCGUGCCAAUGACGAAACCCCCACCGGUGUGCCAGCUGACCACGAGGAGCGUUUGCAUCUGUGAAAAGCAGCUCCUGGUAAAACUGUGCUGCCCCCCCCCCCCCCUCCUGACACAGGAAGUGAGUGAGGGGGGGGCUUUUUGGGUCUUCUAGCCUCAAUCGUGCUUUCUUUUUUCUUUUGGGCAUUGACAUCAUCCGCAUUCCCUCUGCAGCUCCACACUUCCUCUCGUCCCUCACGGUGGGUGUGAGCAGCAGAUUCGCUUCGCUUUUCCUACUAAACUGAAGACGGUUGCCAAAGUCUUAUUUUAUGCAGGGGGAUAAGGGAUUUUCUUUACUUUUUAAAGCAAUUCUAACACUAAACUCAACACUACAAGGAGCUGCACCCCCCACUUUGUAUCUCAAAGCUGUACACUGUGACUGUAAAGUAGCACGUCAAUCUUUGACUGUUUGAUUUAUUGGGGGGGGGGUUAUAUGAAGCCUAUCCACAGCCACAAAUAUGUUGCCUUUUAAAAUCCAUCAGUGGUGACCUCUGACCCCAGGCUCCAGUCCUAUUGGCCCAGAUGGAUACAGCUGAGCCAAGAACACUGUGUUUGCACAAGGUUUGGGCAAAGUCAGCAGGUUUUGAUUGGACUGAUAAAAAGGGAAAUAAAAAUGUCUGCCACGAUAUCAAACAGCAGCAGGACGAAGAGGACGAAUCCUACUUUGAUCCUGCUCCUCUCAAGCCAAUGUCUUAACAGAUUCCCUUCUCUGCUGUCCGUCACUGUGCUCCUCUUCCUUCCUCCAUGUAGGAAGUCUGGCUUCUUUAUUUGUGUUGAAACUUUUGCACUGGAAGCACGCGUUCUCCCACCAAAGCUGGGCCUUUCCUCCCUCCCCCCCCCUCUGGCUGCUCCUGAUGCCUAAAAACCCGCAAAAAAGAGGAACUUUUUAAACCAACUUCUUCCUCUUUCCCCUUCUUUCUUUUUGGGCUUGAAACAUUUAGUUUUAGUUUGGAUAGACUGAAAUAAUCCAUGCAUCAUGCUCGUACGUGCCUUUUUAGUUUGUUUUCUACUUUACGGAAAUAAGCAAAUGGUGUCUAAAAUGCUUAAAAAUAAGAGUUGCCUAUGUAAUGUUUAGAACAAAGCUAUACACUAUAAAAUUGUACAUGUUUGUCCAUGCUGUGUAUAUAUAUAACAUGUAUACACUAACUAAGUCAUUUGUAUAAAGUGAAAAUUCUUUCCCGUUUUAUUGUACCAUCAUCCAUCUUUUUCAGUCAGAUAUUUCAUAAACAUCCAUCGCUGCUACAGUCGGCUAAAAAAAAAAUACAUAUAACAAAAAAUGAGAGAAAAAACCAUCAAACUGUUACUAAUUUGCAGACAAUCUCCAGUUCAGCCACUGCGAGUAUUUACCUAGAAAAGCCAUUUAGUUUCCCCUGCGGUGCUUUAAAGCGAUGGAAACUGUCCAGUUUAAUAUGCCAAGCACUUACAUAGAGGUGUGCUUCUCUUUGUACAUCCUACUAAUUGCCUUUUAUCUCCUUUUUCAGAGACUUUUAAAUGCUUACACUCAUUAAACAGAGGUUGGAGUUGUAUCAAAGUUGCAAUGAAAUAUAUUCACAGAUUUUUUUGUUUUUGUUUGGCGCAUUGUAAGGAAUUGGGUUUUUAUUUUCUUUGUGUUUUUUUUGUUUGUUUUUGGGGAGUAACACACUUUGUGCACUUUAGGCUGUACUGUUUAAGAGCCACAGUUGUUGCAGGAAUGUUUGUAAAUGCAGUGACCCUGUGCAACCACGGAUCAGGGCAGGAGAGACGCGACGACCACCUCAUCUUCAAUCCCCUUUCUGGCUCUGAUACUUGCAUCAGACAAACGCUCGGGGGUGUCUGAUCACCCCAAACAACCUCUAGAUAAAAACAGGUUGAGCUAAGGAUGAUGGGUAAUUAGUCAACGUCUUCAAACUAAUACUGCCAAGAGGUGUUCAGGAGGAUUUUUAUUCUUCUUUCAUGUAUUGACUCAUGUUUCUGUUCCAUUUCCCAAGUUUCCCAUGUCAGUAUUGAUAAAUUGAAUCUUACCAACACCCUUCCCUUCUAUUGAGUUCUCUGUUGAUGGCACUGUAACAGUUUGAUCCAGCAAUCAGUUUGUUUGACGGUAUGUGGCCUUUUAACUGCUUUGUAUUAAUGAUCUUGAUGAGAUUAAUAAAUCACCCAGUCUUAUUUUGUACUGAACCACUCAUUUCUCCUUUUCUUUAUUCGUCUCUUUGCAGCAAAUCCAGUUUUAUCGUACCGUAACCAAAGUGGCUGACAAUCCUGUGAGGUUAGCCUAAAUUAAACAUUCUGAACAUGCAGCAGGAAGCAAACUAUUCAUAUCUAUUUCAUAUUUUGUCACAUUAAAGUCUCUCAAUUGUUGAUUAUUUUGUUGAAGUUCAGCAAACAUUGUAUAUUUGUGAAAUGGAAAAGCCACGAUCGUAAGCGAGCCAAAUGAAGCGUCGUCAUAGCAACAAUCAGAUGCUAAGGUUUAGGAGUUAUAUCCCACCAUCACAAAUGGAAAGAUGAGAUUUUAACUUGCUUUGAUGA